GCCGCAGCGCGUUCUCCUGGCCCAAAACCCGCAAGAUGAAGCCCGCCGACUCGAGAUUCAGAAGCAAAAGGAAGCUCAACGCGAGUUCGGCGUCUUCUUUGACGACGAUUACGAUUAUCUGCAACACAUGAAAGACACCUCUCAGGUCGAACACGAUUGGAGUGGCGCCGAGCGAUUUUUUAUUCAACGCGCUCAGGCUCAGGGCCCGCCUCCGCCUCCUAAGCCCGAUUACCGCCCAUCCGUCCAAUUGCCCGGCCAGGUGUUCGCCUCAGCCCGCGAAGAGAAAGUCGGAAUUUUGAAUCAAGCCGCCCCGCAUUCUGGGCCCUUGCUCGACUGGGACCCGGACAUUGUGGAGACCCUCGAUGAUGCCUAUGAACAUACCGUGGUUUUCACCUUGAAAGACGAGCCCACCCCUUGUGGCCCGGACGGGUCCGAUCUACCAAAUGACGAGGAUGAUCUGACCUUGGAUGACUUCUUGGCUGACGGUCAACAACUCUGUUCCGAUGACGAUGGAGAGAAUGCGGAUGCCCAUUCGGUCGAUUUCAGUUCGGACUUCGAUCCCCGUGAGGCUGAGGAUGAAGUGGGUAGUUUGGAUGGGCGGUUCUCGUUCUCGGAGGAGGAGACGCAGACGCGAUUCACGCAAUACUCCAUGUCGAGCUCGGUGGUGGCUCGCAAUGAACAACUCUCGCAAUUGGACGAACAAUUCGAAAAGUUCUAUGACGAGUACACCGAGGACAAUACGGGUGGCUUGGACCUGGAUGAGAUCGAGGGCCAUCAGGACGAUGGCAGUGACUUGAUGCGACUAAUGGUCCAAGCCUAUCAAGUCCAGCAGGCCGAAGAACGCCGUGUGCCCGAUCUCAAGGCCGAGGUUCAAGCUCGUUUGGCCAGUGACAGCGAGGACGACCAAGAGGACGAGGAAGAAUUGAUCCCCAUGGCUGAGAAUCCCAAAGAGCGAUGGGAUUGCGAAUCCAUUUUGAGCACCUACUCCAAUAUCUACCAUCGCCCCAAAAUGAUUUCCGAGCCCAGUCGAAAGGUUCGUCCCAUCAUCAUCUCCAGUAAAACGGGCAUGCCCGAAGAUGCCUUGGGGAAAGGCCUGACCAAGGGAGCUCUGCGCCAAUUGGACCGUGAUACGCAGGUUUUGGAUGACGAGACGUGCACUUUAGCCUCGCGAGUAUCGGCCUUGUCCAUUCGACCCAAACACGAGACCUUGGAAGAGAAAAAGAACCGCAAGAAGGCCUUUCAGCAGUUCAAACGUGAGCGGAGAAUGGAAAAGAAGGCCAAUACGUUGGCUUUCAAAGAAGAAAAGGCCCUUCAAGAACGGAACGCGAUCAACAACCGGAAGAACAUCCAGGGAGGCAAAAUUCUAUGAAACUUACCUAAUCUCCAUCUCUAUCUUCAAGAAAUACACAAGUUUUUUCACA